AUGAGCGCCCCUUUGAGCUCGGACGAGCUUCGACAGUACACGGCCAUCAUCGACGGCAUCCUGGCCACAGCCAACCUGGAAACCAUCUCGCGCAAGAAGAUUCGGCAAGGUCUCGAGACUUCACUCGGCGGCAAGGAUCUCAGCGAGCAAAAGGACGCGAUCAAAAAGUUGAUAGAAACACGUUUUGAUGCCGUCUCGGGCGCCGAUGCCGACGACCCCCCAGCCUCACCGAUUCCCGCACCGACACCGAGCAAGCGCUCUGCCAAGAAUGGAGACUACGACCGCUACGAUUCGGAUGUGUCGGCUGGCUCUGAGCCCGCAAAGAAGAAGGCUAAGCGAUCCUCGUCGGCAGAGGACGGCGACGCCAAGCUCGCGGCUCAGCUGCAGGCCCAAGAAAACCGCCUGGCUAGAGGGCGUACCACGCGUGGUGGUGACAAGCCUGGUGGCACCAAGAAGAAGCGACCUGCCAAGAAGAAGAGCGCCAAGCGCGUCCGCGACGAAGAUAGUGAGGUGGAUGGAAGCGACGCGGCUCCUCCCAAGCGCAAGGCCGGUGGAGGGUUUCAAAAACCGUUUAAUCUGAGCGAAAGCCUUUCCGUCUUGUGCGGAGAGACCCAGCUCUCGCGGCCCCAAGUCGUCAAGAAACUCUGGGAGCAUAUCAAGGGAAAUGACUUGCAGGACCCGUCCGACAAGCGCCAGAUCCUCUGCGACGAACGAAUGUUUGCUGUGUUCAGACAGCCCAAGGUGGACAUGUUCAAGAUGAACAAGGAAAUCGGUCACCAUCUCUACCCAGUCGGAGAGGAAUAG